GACACUAUGGGAGGAGAGGGACCGACCGCUGGCCGGGAACGGUGCCGCAGCAAGACCACCACAGAGACACCUGCCGCUCACCUGUGAUGCCAGAUGCCUGGGUCAUAUUCAUUAAUGCACAAUGUAGCAAAACGUUUUGCAACAAAAACAACAUGAGAUCUCAUUGGACAAGUCCAGGUUAUCCGUUCAUCAUGUGUUCUGUUUUUUGCCUAGUGAAAAUUACGCUGAAUGGUGAACAUCACUGGCUGUCGUUGAUGAUGUCGCACACUGACUGAAACUGCACGGAGAGAGUGGGAGAGAGGUUAAGUAGGAGAGUGAGGAGGAGAGAUCAAAGAAUUGUCUGUUCAGCUGUCAUCUUCCUUUUUAUUGAGAUGCCAUAUCGAAUUCUUCCGAGACCGGAACCUUUCAUGACAGACUAAAGAAACACAACAGGAAUAGGAUCCUAUCUGUUCAAACGUUAUUGUGAAGAAUCGGCGAUCUAGUGUGGCAAGCCCCGAGCUUCCCCAUUGGUGAAAAAUGCGCGUCAUUCUAAAAAAACGGAAGCAGGCGCUACCAUUUUGAAACACGACACUGCUUAGCGCCACAAUGGACAAGAGCAACACGGUGAAGCUCUUCGUGGGCAACCUGGCUCUGGACACCACCCAGGAGGAGCUGUCGGCCAUCUUUGAGUCGUAUGGCCAGGUGGUCAGCUGCAGUGUUCUCCGACAGUUCGCCUUCGUACACCUACAGGGCGAGGGGGCUGCAGAGCGGGCCAUCAGUGAGCUGAACGGCAGGGAGUUCCGUGGGAGGAACCUGGUGGUGGAGGAGUCCCGGGGCAGACCGCUCCACUCCACCAAGGUGUUUGUGGGCAACCUGUCGGGCAUGUGCACCACUGAGGAUCUCCAGGAGCUCUUCCAGACCUUCGGCAAAGUACUGGAGUGCGACAAGGUCAAAGCCAGGCUCUCCUCUUCUGCAGGAUACGCCUUUGUGCACAUGGAGAAUAAGGAGGAGGCUCUACAGGCCAUCGAGGCCCUCCAUGGCACCUCCUUCAAGGGACGCCCGCUCUCCGUGGAGCUCUCCAAGGUACAGCCCUCUAAGCAAACCCCCACUGGGAAGAUCCCCUGUGUGAGCUGUGGGAAGCAGGGCCACUAUGCUGGGGAGUGCCCUGUAGGGAAGCCCUCUCUGGAACAGUACCAGAGCCAGGCUGCUGUGUUAGCUGCAGCCGCCGCCGCCGCAGCCGGCCUCCCCCUCCAGGUCCAGCAGAGCGUCCACAACUCUGUCUACAACACCUCGACCUUUGACCCCACAUACGCGGCGCUGACGGGCCACACCACCGGCACGCGGACGGACGGCAACCCCGUCAACCAGGCAGUGUACGGUGCCCUGGCGACGCAGGUCUACGGCGCCAACGUGGCCAAUCAGCUCUACGGAGUCCAGGCAGCAAAUCAGGCGGCGGCGUUGACGCAGGCGGGCGCCACGCAGGUGUACGCCAGGUCCAUGAACCCCAGCCACGCCGCCCUCUACAGUCAGCUCAGUCAGAUCGCUGCCAGCCCCGCCGCUGCCUACUCCACACCCGUCUACGCGCAUGCCAUGGCCAACCACCACCACCACCCAGGGGCCGUCUACCUGGCAGCCCCUGGCGUAGAGAUGCCUACGACCGCUGCUGCCAUCAACCAGGCCUACGCCUUGGCACCGGCGCUCUAUGGGGGCGCCCAGCAUGCCUACGGUCACAUGGGGAUGGGAGCCAUGAGCGUGUCGGCGGACCCGUCGGCGGCCAUUUUUGAGGCGGCGAGGGUGCAGCACUACUUCGCCCAGGGACAGCAGGUUCUGGCCGAGCAGCAGAAUGCGGCGGCGGCCCAAGCGGCAAAGUCCGGGGAAAGGGACCGGAGUCCCCUGAGGCGCUCCGCGGGGUCCCUGCUGCCUGACCCGGUCAUGAAGCCCUUCAUGUAUCAGAGAGCGCCCAAGCAACGCCGGCCGCUGCUCCCCACCCCCGCUGGGCGAGCUGCAGAGGAGGAAGCGGAGGCUGCGGAGGACCCCAUGACUAGAGAGCAGUACCAACAGUAUGCUGAGUACUACCAACAACAGCACCAACAGUACCAGCAGCUGCAGCAGUUACAGUACUAUGCAGAGUAUUACCAGCAGUACCAACAGUACCAGCAACUCCAGCAGUACCAGCAACUCCAACAGCUCCAGUACGCCUACCCACCUCCCAACCACCAUGCCAUGGCCGCCAUCCCUGCCCACGCCAUUGCGGGCCACGCCCACCACCACGGCCAGCCCGGUCACGUCACGGCGCUGGACUCCGCCCUCAGGCCAGUGGUGCCCGCCUCCGCUAUGGUGGCAGUGCCCAGAGUGUAUGAGUCGCCGCUGCCGCCGCCACCGAACCGCAAGGAGGCCGUCCUCCGCCGAGCCCCCGAACUCUCCCUUCACACGCCUGAGCCCCCGUUCCGAUAGUCCACACCUCCCUCGCUCACACCUCCUCUGCCACCCCACCGCACACAACCCGUAUACCACCCUCGUACCCUUCCUUUCUCUCAGCGGCUGUGUGUAUCUGUGUGUGGAGGUAUAUAUAUAUCUGUGUGUGUCUCUGGAUGUGUAUCUGUGUGGGAAUUAGUGUUUUUGUGUGUGGACUUGGUUUGGUAUUAGUUUUUACUGUAGUCAAUGGAUAAACACCCAAGCAUCUAAACCCCAACCGUGGUCCUGAUACCACACACACAGUGCAGUGAAAAGGGGGAAAAUGAGCUCUUACCCGCCACAUACCGUUGGCUUUUUUUAGUAGUGAUUUCUAUUGCCUUUUAAAGUGUGUGAAAUAGACUGAGAACCGUCAUACAUUUUCAUUGCCUUCAAGAGUGAUCAUUUACAGUGAUUCAGUGAGUUAGCUAAUCUCUCCACUAGUUCAACAGAAAUAUUUCUAGCUUUGAUUUUAACGAUAUGAAUGUAUUGAAACUGCACUGUGGUUUGUUGUGAAGGUCCAGGGUUGGAGGGGUCUGUGUGUCUUGCAUGCGUCGGGACUGUGGUGUGCGAGAGCGAGAGAGAUGUUGGCUUUCUGUUUCAAUGUAAUUCACACUGUCCGGUUCCCUCACGAGUGCAACCCUGGGGGACGCGAGGGCACAGACCACAGCCACACUAUUAUUUUAGAACUACAUUCUACCUACCCAGCCUCAUCCCUCCCCUCACCCCGCUGCAACCAGAACACUGAAAGACACUGCUACAUUUCUGCCCUCUUUUACUCCCAUCUAUACCGUAGCCUGGUUAAACUAGAUUGAAUGCUGUGCUCAUCACUGAAACAAUGGAGGAUUCCACAUUGUCAGGUUUCACCAGGCUAUCUAUACCUACCUCUGAUGAUGAGAUUAGGAUUGAGAUUAGGAUUGAGAUUAGGAUUGAGAAUAUUAAUUGUCUGCUUUCUAUCCAUCCAGUAUAUAAAUUGGUGUCAGUUGCAGGGUUGGCAUCCAUUCCAUUUGAAUUCAAAUCAGUCAAUUUACUUCCUGAAAUGGAAUGGACCCCAACCCUGGUCAGGAGUUUGGAGAAUGCCACAUUUUAGUGACAAAGAUGAUGUACUAUACUAAUAGUGUCUUGCUGCAUCAGUAUAUUUUGAGGCCUUUUGAAGUAUGUUUUUUUUUUUUGUAAGUGGUUGUGGGGUCGACGAGUACAUUCUAACCCCUCAGAUCAUGUAUAUAUGAACUGUUUGGUGGAUUUAUAAACAAGUCAACGUUUUAGACUUUUUAGCUAGAGAACCAUGAGUUUCAGUGGGCUUGACGUUGUGCCUGAGCGUUGCGUGAAGUGCAUUUAGUGGAGGGAAUAGCUCCUUUUUUUGAAGUGCUUUUUUUUCUAAUGGCAGUUUUUAAAAAUGUAAAUGUAAAAAAAAAAAAAAAUCUGAGGUGGAGGGUUAAGAUAAUGUGAUGUGAUAAUUUUUUUUUUUUUUUUUUUUUUAGUGGUGCGGUGACCUUCGCACCGAUGGUAUGAUGACAGGUGGAGCAGUAUCUUUCAGUCGCCCGCCCCCCGACGUGUCCGUGCACCCCCAUUGUAAGACGACUCACUACCCCCGUACCCCACUGCCCUUUCGCCUUGUGGUUGUAGUGAUGUAGCUUUUUAUGUUGCAUAUUCUCUCUCCGUCUCUCAUACAUACCAACGCACACACGGUUGCAUCUCCUGUGAAAUCUCGAUGGUCACAACAAAAACAAGUAUUUUUUUAUUCUUAUUGCUUGCCUUGUGUCUGACCAUGUUUUUUAUUUUGCCUUUUUUUUGUCUUUAAAAAAAAAAAUAAACAAUUAAACCGGCAUGCUUUUUAAUAUGUACACUAUACAUGCCCACCGUUUUUUAAAUAAAGAAUGUUUCUGACUAGUGGGGGGGAGGGGCCUGAGCGUUUCAGAUGUUUUUAUUUUUUUGUAUUUUUCACUCCUUCCUGUUUCUCCUUGUUGUAAUGACCAGACCCAUGUGACUGGGGACCAGGGUGGCAGAGAAAAUGAGGAGUAGCGUCAGUGUGUGCUUCCCCCCCCCCCUAGUCUGCCUCGGUGGAUGGGGUAAGUCUAGUCUGGGGUCGGCCUCUCUUUCCAGCCUCACUCGAACUCUGUAGGACUACAGCACAGACAGGCUCCGGGUGUGUCCCAAUAAUAUCUUCUUUUUUUUCUCAAUUGUGCACUUGUUCACAUCCCUUCACUAAUUUGAGAGGAAAGGACUUGUAUAAGAAAUAUGAUGGAAACACCCUCUAGCCCAUGCAUCCACUAAUCCAAUGCGAUUUAGAUGUGUAAGAAGUAGUGAACGAGUGUACACUUCAGGAAGAAAGGGAUCAUUGGGAUAUAACCUCUCACUGGUAUCCCAACAAGGCUGCUGUUACCAUGCGCUCAUGUCUGAAAACCGUUUCCAUGACCUCUGAUCUUUUUUGAUUGCCACUUUGUGUCGAUUUUAUAACAUUUUAAUUGCAGGCUCAAUGUUGAACCGAGUAGCGCACAUUACUCGUUUGCAGAUGAUUCCUUGUUUACCAAUGGCGGACACACACACACAGCAUCUGAGAGCUGGAGAGAGGCACACAGAUAGAAUGGCUCCAUCUGUAGCAUUUUGAUCUGUUGGGCUUGCUCCUACCCAACCACAACACCCAACAAUGUCUGUCCCCAGUGACUUCUGUUCUAGACGUGCAUGUGUCACUGUGCUCUAUAUCCAAAGCCCUGUACAUACCGACUAACUAUGUCAACUGAAAUAGGUCCCCGGCCAUCCAGACACAGCCAAGCGUGUGAGGUGAGAGGGGGAAGACAAUAAACGUCGCGCAGGCAAAUGGGAAGUGGGAACUCAAAUCUACUCCACCAAGGAUGGCCGAACACACACACUUGUCCCCCAACGUGUUCACUGGGCAGCCGAGAGGUGCGUUGCUGGCGGGCAGAGACUUGACAGGGAGAGGGCGUGGUCUUCCUGCCUCUGUCUGCUUCACCACUGAAAAGAAUGAAGGAUGGAUGGAAGGAAGCUGCGUUGGUAAUGUAGGGAUCUCCGGCUCUGAUCCCUGCCUGUUCCCUUAAACCCAUUCUGUCCUGAUCUUAGAGGAGAAAAGUAAUCUAGAUGUUUAAAAAAAUGGUGGCUCAAGGAAAGGAAGUGGGUGGGUUAAGAGUGGUGGGCCAGUAACCGGAAGGUCUGUGGUUCAAACCCCCCGAGCUGACUAGGUGAAAAAUCUGUCUAUGCCCUUGAGCAAGGCACUUAACUCUAACUGCUCCUGUAAAUCGCUCUUGAUAAGAUUGACUACAAUGUUAAAAGGUUCACCACCAAUCUCUCCUCUGAGCAUUCAAACUACAGUAUUGCCCCGGCACAAAAUGGACUAACUCAAAUAACUAAUGAGGAUGUGCCCCCCCCCCACAUAGUCCCCUUUUCCUCUCAGAUGUGGAUGUGUGGAGUCUGACUAGUGCUUGAGCAAAUGCAGUCAGCUUUGUAUUUCUGAAUUCCCCCUGGCCUGCUCCCUAUUAGCUCACACUGACUGGUAACCAUAUGGCUGCAGCCUUUCAUCACUGCUCCUGUCCUGCUCUACCUCGCGCUGCACAACACAGGACAGGGAAGCCAGAAAUGCUGCCUUACCAAUAGAAUCUCAAUUCCAAAUUUCGCCCCUCUUUCCUGAAAUGUGCGUUUGUCCACUCCCCCUCGGGGGGAGCAUUGGAUUGUUCUAGACAGAGUAUACCGUAUAUCUAAUACCAAUCUCAAUAUUUUCAUGGAGUGAACGAGUGCACACUUCAAGGAGAUCGGGGAGAAUUGGAAUUGGGCCACAGUUUUGCCCCCAGGGUAGUCGCCAGUCAACUGUCUAUCACACUUAACAUUGCUGCCCAAAUACUACCUAGUCACAUCAAAUAUUAUAUUCUCACAUGCAAGGACUUGUUCCUAAGUUGACUUAAUUAAGAAUCUGGGGCAAGUCAAGUGUAGUUACAGUGUAAUGGUGUGCGAUUUCAUCUGGUUAAGGAAGAUACUAUUUAUAGUCCUACGAUAUAAAGGCAACCUAAUGUAAACUGUUACCUCAAUUGUUAUCUAAUAACUAUGUUCUUAUAGAGUUAUUGGAGGAGACAUUUUUUUAGGGAGAAAGAGCAUUUUCGUAUGCCGAACUGGAUUGUUUUUGCAAAUAUCAAUGUUGAGUAAUUUGGUACUUCAAGUGCAUUUACAGGGAAAAACAAGUGCAAAUAAUCAGCAUGCUUCAAGGAGAUGAAGGGGGACAUUUUAAUGGUGCAAAGAUGCCAGAAAAUAUUGUAAAACUCAUAAUCCAGCAGUGUUAUACAUUUGUUUUCAACAAUGUGCAUUAUAAAAGUGAUUAUCUAACUAGGGUUUAGUAUGCUGAGCAAUGCAUGAAUAGUGUCCUUUUUAUAACACACAAUGCUUGAGAAGUCUAAUUUAAUCACAAUGCCAGAUUGAGUUUUGUUUUUGCAAGACUUUGCACCAUGAAAAUGUCACCUGAAAUGUAUUAUGACAAUGAAUAACCAAAUUUCAUAUACUUAUGUAUACUCCUUGCAUUGCUUAUGUCUCGAGGCACUGUACCGUCUGCAUGGUUGUACCAAAUAAAUGAUUAUUUUAAAAUAAA